GCAACAUAUCCCAUUCUGUCUGCAGGAGUAGGGCUUGGAUGCUUUCAGGCUGUGCUCUGUUUCAUCACAAGGAAUUAACUGUCUCACGGUCAUUUUUGAAAUUUAAGGAAAGUGAAGAGAGCGUGACUUCAUACUGCAGAUCCAGUCCUCAGCAUCAACAUGGCUGUGUCACGUCUUGAAGGGGUUCCACAAGAGUACUCUCAGAAUUCACUGAGAGACAUCAGAAGUAAAUUACAUUCCAACAUCCAGUCAUACAUCGCAAUGUUUGAUAGCAGUGUACCUGAUCUUCAAGAACAAAUCAAUAAACUGACAGAGACCACUGAUGAUGUGGAGAGAUUUCAUCAUGGAACAACUAUCGGAAGUCUAUCAGGAGCGGUGAUCGGUGCAACUGGAGGAAUCGCUUCAAUUGUAGGACUCAUUCUGGCUCCUUUUACAUUCGGGGGCUCUCUGAUCGUAGCAGGAGUCGGGGCUGGAGUAGCUGCUCUUGGUGGGUUGACAGGAGCUGCCUCAAAUAUUACAAACGUGAUUCACCAGAGAGCCUCACGUACAGCAAUUGAGGAGAUCAUUCACAAAUUCAUGGAGAAGAUCAACCCCCUGAUUGAAAGUCUAAACAUGAUAAAGGAGAACAUUGAAGAAAUACAGGUUUACAGCACUCAGUUCCAAGAGUUUCAAGCUGGAAUUGAAACAACUGCAAGUGUGGUUGAAACAGUGAAUCUAAUGAGACUUGUGCAGGUAGCAAGAAUUGGCACAGUAGCAGCACAGUUGUCUAAAACAUUGAGAGUUUUUGGUGCAGUUACUGAAGGGCUGUCUGCUCUCUUCAUCGUCUUAGACAUUUACUUCAUUGUGGAAGAUUCUAUAGAGAUUCAUGCAAUGAACCAACAGAAAACAGAAGUAAGUGAGUAUAAAUCAAUCACACUGAAAUUCAUUCACGAGAUGAGAAAAACAGAAAAACAAUUUCAGCAAACACUGAAUGAACUGAGACAAGUCAGAGACGACACUGAAAGGGAGCUUUGUGUAGCAUCAUAAAAUUGUGUAAAUCAGAUGUUGGAUUCAAAAUUAAAUGAUCACAAAUAGGAUAAAAAUUAAGAAAAGGAAAACUGAAGAUGGAAAAUGGAGCAAGCAGUAUUGCAACAUGUAACUGACUUUAUAGGAGAGAGAGUUCAAUUGUAAAUCUGCUAUUUACUCCAUUCAGGAACAAGCUUAGACUAGGCGAUUCCAUUGCACAUGCACAUAUAUUAUAAGACCCCCUUUCUGCAUCCCAUGACAAAAACUGAAGAAAGAGAUUCUAUAAACUGUCAAUAUCAUUAUUGUGAUUGACAAUAAAUACUGAUUAAGCUUUACUAAAAUUGUAUUUCCACUUUGCUAUUUGUGUAUUGUGUGCUGCAGUAUGAGAGCUACUCUUGCCCCUGUUAGUAGUGCUGAUGUUUAAAACAAUGAGGACUCAAAGGAUACAGCACUAAAGUACAAUAUAUGCAUGUUGCAAAAAUCAGAUUGAAUAGUUCAACUGAAAUACACUGUCUUAUGUUGUUGUCAUAUUUUGUCAUAUGUUUGCCAACCUAAGAAUUAAAAAUGAAGUAAA